ACCCAGAACUCGCCUCAACCCCCUGCGCUAGUGACCGCUUGUGACCUCAUGCAGGUGUGAUGAAGUCGCUCAAGGCCAUGCUUGGGCUAAAGACACUUUGAUCUUCCCGAGGGGGUGAAAGGGCGAGGGGACAAGAGAGUGCGCGUCUCGCUUUUGCACUCAUAUAGUUAUCAUCCACCGGGGAGUCGGUACACCGGGGAGUCGGUACACCGGCUCGUCUAGACAACCAGGCGCCAUGGGUGCGUCAUCAACUAGUGACGGGUGAAGACGGGGCGGAGAGAGAUCCGUGAAGGAAGUGACGGAAAACGAGCGCCACAGAGAACGCGAGCCGGGAGUCCGUGGAGGCCAUGGCCCCUCGGCGCCUCCUGUUGGUUGGGGAGGGGAAUUUCUCCUUCGCCGCCGCUCUGAGCGAAACGCUGGAUCAGAGCACUCAACUUACCGCCACCUGCCUCCAGCGCCCGGCCGAGUUGGCUCGGGAUCCACUGGCCUGGGAGAAUCUGCAGCGCCUGCGCGAGCGAGGUAUCGAUGUACGUUUCGGUGUGGACUGCACCCAUCUGGCAGAUGUCUUUGAACUGCACGAGAGAGAAUUUGAUCAAAUUUAUUUCAACUUCCCGCAUUGUGGACGCAAAGCUGGCGUAGCCAAGAACAGGGAACUGCUUGCCAAAUUUUUCCAAAGCUGUGCAGACGUUCUUGCAGAGGAAGGAGAAGUCCACGUGGCAUUAUGUAGAGGACAAGGUGGAACUCCUGCGGAUAAGCCCCAGAGAGAAUGGCACAACAGUUGGCAAGUGGUUGCCAUGGCAGCCCUGGGGGGGCUCAUUUUAAGCGACGUGUAUCCAUUCAGCUGUAAGGCUGUGGCAGGGUACAAGUGCACUGGAUAUAGGAGUCAAGAUAAGUCCUUUCAUGUAGAAGGUGCUUUGAACCAUGUCUUCACCAGGAGCUUACCUUUCGAAGGUUCUCAACCCAGAAUCUUCAGGAUCAAACUGGGUAACCAGUGGUUUUCCUUUCCAGAACCAGAAGCACUUGUAGGAAAGUUGAACAGGGGUUUCCUGGAAGCACCUUCAUGUCAUCCUAUCAAAACCAUAAAUGAGAAACUCAUUGCUGAAUUAGGCAAAGUUUUCCCACUAAAAAGGCUGAAGUGUUCCUACCCUUUGCUGCCACAGGAAGGUACCAGUGUUCUUCCUUUCUGGAAUUGUGACUUUCUGUCAGCUGCUUUUUGGAUUAGUCUCCAUGAAGAUAACUCAAAUUCUGAGUCCCUGACUGGUGGGACAUCACAAGAUGUGGAAGACUUUCUAGUGUCAUUUUCAGAACUUAGCCUUCUCAAGAAUCCUGGAAGAGAUGGUAAAGAAGAAGCUUGUGAAGGAACCUGUGGCCAGGCCAAGAUCUGCCUUAGACCUUCUCUCCUAGUGCAUGUUCAGGAUGUCAUCGAAGUACCAGACUUCCUCUCAGGUUCUCUGCACAUCCUCAGUGGACCUGUCUUUCAGAAGUGCCACAUUUUGCCUUUCACAAUGCCAGCAUUUCAUGAAACUUUAUUUAUCCUUGGGUUUAAUCAAAAUCUGAAGGAUGGCUGUCUUCAAUCACUGCUGGAUCAUCUGAAGGGCAUUCUAGAUAGCCUGCUGACCCAGACAUUGCCGGAGAGCUCUAAGCUGAGCAGUUUAGUCAAAUUUGUCCUUCAGUCAAAUGGAAAGGAUUAUAUGAUUCGUGUGAAGACUCAUAAUUUUAGCCCAGAUUGUACUGAGGAUCUAAUUAUUGGGUCUGUUAUCACAUCUGCCACUAGUGUUAUACAUAAAGACCAGUGUUUUGUGUUUGUGUCUAUGAACUUGGACUUAUUAGCCAUGCUUGUCUGGUGUAUCUCUGACUGGAGAAUGUUGUGGACGUUUGAUAACCGUUUCCUGAAAAAUUUUGUCCCUGGCAAAAUAGAACCCUUUAAAAGUCAUUCUCUGUAUCCUCCAUGUUAUGUGCAUGAUGUUAGUUUUUGGAUAGAUCAGAAGAAAGGAUUUGAUGAACUAGAGUUUCACACUGUGGCCCGAGCAGUGUCUCAGGACGCUAUUAUAUCCAUACAGUUUCUUAGCCGUUUCCAGCAUCCAAAGACUCAACAGGUCAGUCUCUGCUAUAGAUUGACCUACCAGACCUGUGACAAGGCCCUCACCCAGCAGCAAGUAGCAUCAAUGCAGUCCCAGUUUAGGAAGGAGAUUCAACAACACCUAUAUGUUAUACCUCGGUAGUUUGGUAAAUCCUUUUCUGCAGUGUGAUCCUUCAUUGCGGGGGAUGUGGAGGAAAAUUACCAACUUGCAACCAGUAGUCCUUUCUGGAUUUUUGUUUUUGUAAAAUCUUUUACUUUGUGACCAUAGCUACUGU